ACACCCGGACACAUCCUCAACCACCGACCCUCCUCUUGCUCUUCAUCACCUGCCUGUCCUUCUCGUCUCUCGCCUCUGUGCUUGCUCCUCUUCUUCACGUUGUCGCCAUGAGCAACAACACCGUUAACCCUCCUCCCACCUCUGCCGCCCCUGCGCCCUCGUCUUCGCAGCCCGCUCCCCAAUCCUCAGACCCUCCAUCCCAGCAACCUUCUCUAACAUCGCCUCCCUCCUCAGCCGACCCUCCCACCUCUAGUCCACCUCCUCCGGCAUCCACCCCGGCCUCGCUGCCACCCUCGUCCAACAGUCCCUCCCCACCGCCCGCCUCAUCUCAACCGCCGCCUUCCAGCAACAAUGCACCGUCGCCAUCUUCAAGCGAUAACCCCCCGGCCUCCACCGUAACUGCGCCUACGACGACCCCGUCAACCACAGACAUCAUCACAUCCAUCGUUACCAACAGCCCUACAGCUCCGGGCGAGACCCCUCAAGUCUCCACAAAGAUCAUCACUCGCACUGCCCCUGGCCAGGCCGGCAACACCCAAGGCACCAAUGGCGGUGGAGCUGCCGCUAAGCCUUCUUCGUCUUCCGAUUCUGCGGCACCGGGCCUGCAGAAUCUCGAGGGGAAAGAUGCUGAGGGUGGAUUGUCAACCGGAGGAAAGACUGCCAUUGCUGUAGUGGUUCCCGUCGUUGUCGUAGCGCUGCUUGUCUUGGGCGGUAUCUUACUGUGGAGAAGACGCAAGUCCAAGAAGAACGCCGAGGAAGCGCGCAGGAAGGAGGUUGAGGAGUAUGGCUUCAACCCCAACGACGAUCCUACUCUCCCUGCCGUGGGUAUGCAGUCGGAGAUGGCCGAGGAUCAGAGUGGGUACAGAGGCUGGGGCAACACCACCACUAGCUCCAACCGCAAAGCCUCCACCACCUUGACCAGCGGCAUGACCUACUCGGACAGCAACAGCAACCCUGGAGGCUACCACAGCCCUGGAUCUCCCACCAAUGCCGCUUUCAACGACGCCCACUCCGGCGAGCCUUUGAUGGAUGGUGUUGGUGUGCUCGGCGCGGGUCCCAAUGCCAACCACAACCAGCAGAAUCAGAAUGGUGUGCAUCGCGGCACCUCCAACGCUUCAUCAUCCUACUCCGCAGCAGAACGAUCGGACAACUCGGGAGACUACCCGCUUCCCAACCAUCCCCAAGAACUUUACAACGACAACAACCAAGGAUAUUACCAUGCUAGUCCGUACGAUCCUAACGGAUACGGCGCUGCUCCACCGCAACCCAUCAUCCGGGAUGUGUCUGCGCGCCGGAAUACCAGGAUCGAGAGUCCUUCCGUGUUCCCCCAGCAAGGCAACAGUGGCAUCGCGCAGAACUUUUAA